CUGUGACCCGCGCGGCGCAGGCGCCUCCUGCCCCGCCGGCGGGGUCCGGCUUCCCGCGGCGGGAUGUUCUCCCGGAGGAGCCACGGGGAUGUGAAGAAGUCCACCCAGAAGGUGCUGGACCCCAAGAAGGACGUGCUGACCCGCCUGAAGCACCUGCGGGCGCUGCUGGACAAUGUGGAUGCCAGCGAUCUUAAGCAGUUUUUUGAGACCAACUAUUCUCAGAUAUAUUUCAUCUUCUAUGAAAAUUUUAUAACACUGGAAAAUAGUUUGAAAUUAAAAGGGAAUAAUAAGUCACAAAGGGAGGAGCUGGACUCCAUCCUCUUUCUUUUUGAAAAAAUAUUGCAGUUUCUACCUGAACGAAUUUUCUUUCGAUGGCAUUACCAGAGUAUAGGCUCAACUUUAAAGAAGCUUCUACACACUGGAAAUUCUAUUAAGAUAAGAUGUGAAGGAAUCCGGCUGUUUCUUCUGUGGCUUCAAGCACUUCAGACGAACUGUGCAGAAGAGCAGGUGCUGAUUUUUGCUAGCCUGGUGCCGGGAUUCCCCGCCAUCAUGUCGUCUAGGGGGCCCUGUACACUGGACACGCUCAUCAACCCUGGCCCCAGCAUGGCUGAUGCGAAGAUCCAUCCAGAAGAAAUCACUCCACUGCUGCCAGCCGUAUCAGGGGAGAAGAUUGCUGAGGACCAGACGUGCUUUUUUCUUCAAGUACUGUUGAAAUACAUGGUUACUCAGGCUGCAAGCUUGGAGUGGAAGCACAAGGAGAAUCAGGAGACUGGGUUUAAAUUUCUGUUUACGUUGUUUCGAAAGUAUUACCUUCCUCAUCUGUUUCCCUCGUUUACCAAGUUAACCAACAUCUACAAGCCUGUGCUGGACAUCCCCCACCCGAGACCAAAGCCUGUGUAUGUCACUACCGCUCGAGACAAUGAGAGCAUUUAUAGCACAAAGAUCCCAUACAUGGCAGCUCGUGUUGUCUUCAUCAAGUGGAUGGUGACUUUCUUUUUGGAAAAAAAGUAUCUAACUGCAACACAGAACACUAAGAAUGGAGUUGAUGUAUUGCCUAAAAUCAUUCAGACCGUCGGGGGAGGCACUACAGUGCCGGAGCGGGCGCCGGAGCCAGACACUGGCGGCGUGGCGGAGCAGGACCGAGGCCACGCGGAUGGGAGCACCCUGUCCGAACGCCGGCUUAGCAGUUGCAGCCUGUGCGGCAUUGAGGAGGAGCACCGCGCGGUGUAUGACAUGGUCCAGCGCAUCCUGCUGUCCACCCGCGGCUAUGUCAACUUCGUGAACGAGGUGUUCCGCCAGGCAUUUUUGUUGCCUUCCUGCGACAUAGCCGUCACCAGAAAAGUAGUUCAAGUGUACAGAAAGUGGAUCCUGCAGGACAAACCUGUGUUCAUGGAGGAACCAGACAUAAAAGAAGCUGCCCAAGAAGAUGCUGAAAAAUUAGGAUUUUCAGAGACUGAUAACAAGCAGACCUCUUCUGAAGGUUCUGGCCACAAGCGGUCUUCCAGUUGGGGACGGUCCUACUCCUUCACCAGUGCCAUGAGCAGAGGGUGUGUGACGGAAGAGGAGAAUAAGAACGUGAAGGCCGGGGCCCAGGCAAUGCUGCAGGUAUUUCUGACAAAUGCUGCAAAUGUCUUUUUGCUGGAGCCAUGUGUGGAGGUUCCCAUGCUCCUGAAGGAGCAAGUUGAUGCCUGCAAAGCUGUUCUGAUUAUUUUUAGGCGCAUGAUAAUGGAGUUGACAAUGAAUAAAAAGACCUGGGAACAGAUGUUGCAAAUACUGCUCAGGAUAACAGAAGCUGUCCUGCAGAAGCCAAAGGAUAAACAAAUCAAGGACUUGUUUGCCCAGAGCUUGGCAGGGUUACUGUUUAGGACACUCAUAGUGGCCUGGAUCCGAGCAAACCUCUGUGUGUACAUCUCUCGGGAGCUCUGGGACGACUUUCUCGGGGUGCUGUCUUCCCUCACGGACUGGGAGGAGCUGAUCCACGAGUGGGCCAGCAUCAUGGACUCCUUGACGGCUGUGCUUGCCAGGACUGUGUACGGAGUUGAGAUGACCAAUCUACCUCUGGACAAGUUAAGUGAACAGAAGGAGAAGAAACAGCGAGGCAAAGGCUGUGUUCCGGAUUCUCAGAAAGGAAGCACUGUGGGGAGGUCCUUUUCUCUGAGCUGGCGGAGCCACCCCGACAUGGCCGAGCCCAUGCGAUUCAGGAGCGCCACCACGUCCGGGGCGCCAGGGGUCGAGAAAGCCAGAAACAUUGUCCGCCAGAAGGCAUCCGAAGUGGAAGAAUACCUGCAGCCAGAAAAUGCAUCUGCCACCGAAUCUGGGCCCCUGGGGCAGCAGCCAAUGGUUCGGAGCGGCAGCAGCCCUGAGGUCACCGAGCCGCUGUGUCCCGAGGCCCCCCCAGGCCCAAAGCUAGAAAAUGCAGAGAAUGUGAGUUCUUCAGAGCCCAGGCCUGCUCAGGAGAGCAAAGGACAUGAGAAGAAAGAGCAUGAAGGAAUAACAAUCUUAGUUCGAAGAAGCAGCAGCCCCAUUGAGCUGGAUUUGAAAGAUGACUCACAGCAGAUGCAAGGAAAAUGUCGGGAGAGACAGAAGAGUGACAGUGUGAGCAGUGACCCCACUCUGGGCUGCAGCGCCGAGGCAGAGCUGUCCCUGAGUCCCUGGCAGACCUGCGAGGAAGACCCAGAUCUGAGCCCGCCCGCAGAUUCUGUGACCGACGCCGACGCCCGCCACUGGUUACAGCUCCGGCCCACGGAUGCUUCGAACCUAACAGACAGCAGCGAAUGCCUUGCUGAUGACUGCAGUAUAAUUGCUGGGGGGACUCUCACCGGUUGGCACCCAGACUCAGCCGCUGUGUUGUGGCGAAGAAUCUUGGGGAUCCUUGGAGAUGUGAAUAAUAUCCAGUCACCCAAAAUCCAUGCCAGGGUGUUUAGCUAUCUCUAUGAACUCUGGUACAAGCUAGCAAAGAUACGGGAUAACCUGGCAAUAAGCCUGGAUAACCAGUCUUCUCCAUCUCCUCCUGCCUUGAUCCCACCGCUCAGAAUGUUUGCAUCAUGGCUAUUUAAGGCGACGAUGCUGCCCGACGAUUAUAAGGAAGGCAAACUCCAAGCCUAUAAGCUGAUCUGCUCCAUGAUGACCCGGCGCCAGGAUGUCCUGCCCAACUCAGACUUCCUGGUGCAUUUUUACCUCGUCAUGCACCUGGGACUGACCAGCGAGGACCAGGAUAUCCUAAACACCAUCAUAAGGCACUGCCCGCCCCGCUUCUUCUCCCUGGGUUUGCCUGGCUUCUCCAUGCUGGUGGGGGACUUCAUCACGGCCGCUGGCAGGGUCCUCAGUGCAGACACGCUGGCGGCACCUCGUUCAGAAGCCCUCACCAUUCUUGGGUCUCUGGUCUGCUUUCCAAACACCUACCGCGAGAUUCCCCUUCGGCAGCCAGUGCCUGAAGUUGCUGAAGUCGCCAUGGGAGCAGAAGAUGUCAAGCACUACCUCAUAAGUAUUUUACUGAAGAAUGCCACAGAGGAACCAAGUGAGUGUGCAAGGUGCAUUGCCAUCUGCUCCCUCGGGAUCUGGAUCUGUGAGGAGCUGGCCCAGGGCACGAGCCACCCUCAGCUGCAAGAGGCCGUCAACGUCAUUGGUGUCACUUUGAAGUUUCCUAACAAAAUCGUGGCCCAGGUAGCCUGUGACGUGCUUCAGCUGCUAGUCUCCUACUGGGAAAAGCUUCAGAUGUUUGAAACCUCCCUGCCUCGGAAAAUUGCAGAAAUCCUCGUGGCCACAAUCGCUUUUCUGUUACCAAGUGCCGAGUACUCCUCGGUGGAGACAGACAAGAAGUUCCUCGUGUCCCUGUUGCUCUGCCUCCUGGACUGGUGCAUGGUGCUGCCGGCGGGCACCCUCCUCCACCCCGUGUCCACGGCGGCCCUGGACGAGCAGCCCCCGGCCCGGGCCCCCUUGCUGGAUUACAUCUACAGGGUUCUACACUGCUGCGUCUGUGGCUCAAGCACGUACAACCAGCAGAGCCGCUACACCUUGACCCUGGCGGACCUGUCGUCCCCGGAUUACGACCCCUUCCUGCCGCUGGCGAACGUGAAGAAUUCUGAGCCGGUCCAAUUUCAUUCAUCAGCAGAACUGGGCAACCUGCUUACUGUUGAAGAGGCAGAGAGGAGGAGAAGGAGCCGGGGGCUGAUCCCGCUGACCGCGCGCAUGGUGAUGGCGCAUCUGGUCAACCACCUGGGCCACUUCCCGCUCUGCGGGGGCCCCGCUGUGCUGCACAGCCUGGUGGGCGAGCACCACGACAACGCGCACGCCGACGCUGCCGAGCUCUCCCCAGACGUGUUCAGGAGCCCCAGCCUGCAGCUGUUUGUGUUCAACGACAGCACCCUCAUCUCCUACCUGCAGACGCCUGCGACCAGUCCUGCCAGCGGGUCGCCGGCGGGCGCCCCCUCGGACGUGAGGGUGAUCGUGAGGGACAUCUCAGGGAAGUACUCGUGGGACGGGAAGGUGCUCUAUGGACCCCUGGAAGGCCGCUUAGCCCCCAAGGGCAGAAGCCCCUCAUUCCUCAUUUCGGGCUGGCAUCCCCCAACCCCUGGACCUCAGAGGGCUCCUUCUCAGACUGAGGAGGGAGAGGAUGUCCUCGACAAAUUACUUGAAAACCUUGGCCACACGAGUCCUGAAUGCCUUUUGCCAUCCCAGCUUCGUCUGAAUGAGCCUUCCCCACCCCCUUGUGGCAUGAACUGGGACCAGGAGAAGGAGAUCACCAAGGUCCUGCUGCGCCAGAGCACACAGGAAGACGAAUACGUCCAGAGGUGCGACUCAGAUGUGGCCAUGAGGGUCGCCAGCCAGGAGCCGCCGUCCCCGGUGGAGCCCCGGGGAGCCUUCUACUUCUGUAGGCUGCUGCUCGAUGACUUGGGAAUGAAUUCUUGGGACAGAAGGAAGAACUUCCAUCUGUUGAAGAAAAAUUCAAAAUUGUUGAGAGAGCUAAAAAAUCUGGACUCCCGACAGUGCCGCGAAACGCACAAAAUCGCAGUGUUUUACAUUGCCGAAGGUCAAGAAGACAAGUGUUCAAUCCUUUCCAAUGAAAGGGGAAGCCAAGCAUAUGAAGACUUUGUUGCUGGACUUGGAUGGGAGGUGGACCUGUCAACCCACUGCGGGUUCAUGGGCGGGCUUCAGCGCAAUGGCAGCACGGGCCAGACCGCCCCCUACUACGCUACCUCGACCGUGGAAGUCAUCUUCCACGUCUCAACUCGGAUGCCGUCAGACUCAGACGACUCGCUCACCAAAAAACUCCGUCACUUGGGGAAUGACGAAGUCCACAUCGUCUGGUCUGAGCACUCCAGGGACUACCGCAGCGGGAUCAUCCCCACCGCCUUCGGAGACGUUUCAAUCAUCAUCUACCCCAUGAAGAAUCACAUGUUCUUUAUCGCGAUAACCAAGAAACCUGAGGUUCCGUUUUUUGGGCCUCUGUUUGAUGGAGCGAUCGUGAGUGGGAAGCUACUGCCAAGCCUUAUCUGUGCCACCUGCAUCAACGCCAGCCGGGCCGUCAAGUGCCUCAUCCCCCUCUACCAGAGCUUCUACGAGGAGAGAGCUCUCUAUCUUGAAGCAAUAAUUCAGAACCACCGUGAAGUCAUGACAUUUGAGGAUUUCACAGCCCAGGUCUUCUGUCCAUCUCCCAGCUACUCAAUCAGCGGAACUGAUUAAAAUACGUGAAGGCCUCGCUGCAGUGUUUGAACAAGGGCCCUGGCCGCCGGGCUGAGAUCCCCUCUAUGGUGCCUCUCGGGGAGGAGGAGCUGGAGGAGACUCCCCCACUUCCCCAUCUGAACCCCCAAACCCAGACUCUGGGAACCUCACUGCUCUGCCAGUGUCCUCGGUGAGUCUCCCCACGUACAGGCUUCUGAACUUGAGGAGGAAUCCCACCGAAAUGCUGCGGAUCAGAUUCUCAAACUAGGCGGUGGCAUCUCAGGAACCUUGGGCUGUGAAAGAAGAGAAGUCGCCAACAACCAGAGACGCACCCACCGUUGGGGCUGCCCCAGCAGAGGGAACGAGAGGAGGUUCCAGGCUCCCCGGGAGAGCGGGGGGCAGCUGGCUCUGUCCCCCAGGAGUCUCCUUUGCUUUGUAAACUGUCCGACGUUUCACUGUCCCGCUCUUGGAGGAGGGCUUCCUGCAUUGGUUUUGCUUUUCCUUCUGUUAGGAUUCACGGCUGGCCUAAAAUUUCAUCAUCAUGGAAUUGGCUUUCCCCAGGGUCUCGAGCCUAGGAGAAGUUCUGCCUCCGUUGCUAUGUAUUUUCCACCUGGUCCCCAGUGUCCGCUAACCAGGGAGAGCGUUCCUGACUCUGACCCUGACCCUGACCGUGUCCCUGCUGGAGACCCUCUACGUGGUGAUGGUGAAGCGCCCGUCUCUGGGCGCUCAGGUGAUUCUAGAAACACAGGGUCCUGUCCCUGCAAAAGCUCCUUUCCCAGCCUCACCCUGUGGUAGGGCCCCCCUGCCCCUUGUUGGGAGGGGUCUCCCACACAUUUCCCGACACACCCAAGCUUUAGGGGGACUGAACUCGAGCAAAGGGUGUGAUCCCUGCUUUGUACCUAUUUGGCUGCCCAAGGGAAGCCUGUUGUGGCUGUGUGUUUUUUUUUUUUUUUUUUUUCAGAAAGGGAGGAAGGACAGCCCCACUUUCCAUUUAUGCUUGUCAGGUGCCCUUGCUGGGGUUGGGGUGUUGGCGGCUGGCCCUCUGCUAGUCACCGAGGCCCUCGGGCCAUCUCCAGAGUGAGCCCUGGGCCCAGAACAGGGGAGCCGCCAGCUAAGGGCCCAGAAAGGUCUCCGUGCAGGGGCUUCCCGCCCGGCCUGCCGUCGCCUCUCCACUCCUGCACCCACCCAGGGGUGCCCCCAGCCUACCCCUUGCCCACCUUCCAGCUGGGCCCUCUGAGCCCCCUUGCCCAGCAGAGCCGCCACCUUCCCUGACCCCCCACCGCCCAGUGGGCUGGUUCCUGACAGUGGCAGGGGGAGUGGGCAGACCCUGGAGAUGGUGAGACAGGAUUCAGAAGGGCUUUCCUGUUAGAAGGAGGGGGACUUCUGAUUCUCCAGGGAGCUUGUUUCUCUGCUUUACAGAGAAUGGCAGGUAGGGCUUGAGGCCAGGCCCACGGGCAGGGGGUGCUCAAGCACUGUUCAGACCUGAGAGAACCCGGUUCGUUCCAACAGAAGCAGCUCUCCUGGCUGGUCUGUCAACGGUUCGUCCACUGAUGGCGGGCUUGGUGGCAACGUCAGUGGUGACUAGAAGUGACCGCCUUCUCUGUUGUGUCAGCAAAUGUCACAACUCUUGUCCUCCCAGGCACUGCCCCCCACCCCCCAACCCCAGCUUUGAGUGACUUCGGGUUUCUGCUCAGCAUGGUCUGGCCCACAUGGCCCCAGACUCAGGUUCUGCUCCAUGUGGUUCCUCGAUCCUACAGGAGGGGCAUCGUGUGUUCCUGAGUCCUACAUAAGCUCUGGCUUCUGGGAGAACAUGUCACCUUCAGGCUCUGGACAACCCCUGUAGCAGAAUUCUUAAACUUGGUUUUAGGACUCAUAUUGAAGCCCCCCCCCCCGGAUUCCUGCCCCGUGAUUCCAGUCCUCCUGACCUGGAGUGGGAAAGGUGGUUGUAGGUAGCAAAUACAUAGACUUUCCUAUAAUCCCAAAAGAUUCUGACCACCCUAUGACCCCAAAGGACAGCUAGCAGUGUGACGGCUCUUCUCAGUAACAGCUUUGGUUUAGAAACACAGGGACUCUAGUGACCAGGUUUUUUGCUUGCAAUCAUGUGCACUUGAAUCACUUUUGUUAUUUGGGGUGGAAAAUCGAAAUGAUCAAGUUUUCUUUCUUUUUUUUUUUUUUCACUUAGAAAAGCAAAUAUUGAGCUUCUGUAAUAAAUGCCUUUCAGCAAAAUU